AUGGCAAGACUGCGCAGGUUUCGAUUCGAGUUUCUACCUAUUUCAAGAAAAGGGUCUAGGGUGCAGGUUAGAGUAGAGGGUGCACCCCGACCUCACCGCGGCUCAAGGUCGAAAGAUGACGUGCUACUUGAAGAGAUCCGCAACCUUCGCCAGCUGCUUUCCGAGAGCAACGAGGAGAACCGGAUCCAGGUGGCCAACAUCCGUGAUGAAGUGUCCGAGCUCAGACAGCAAGCUGCUGUCACGGAGGGUUCACUCUCGGCCGUGCGGCAACGGCUAGACGAAGUUGUUGGCAUAUCCAACGCUGCAAACCGCCAUCUCGAGGCAGAACUCCAGGACUCGAACGCACAGGAGUGCCUUCUCCGGCUGCUCCAUCCAGGUGCGCCCGAGCCCAACGAGGCACCCUGA